GAUCAUCUUGCGCUGUGUUUCUGUUUUGGUGCGAAGUUUCGAUCGGUUUUAAAAUGCCGCGCGCAAAAAUUGAAUUGGACGACGAUAAGAAGUUUGCUUUAAUGAAAUUUAGAAGGAGCUUGCAUGACAUUUUGCAACCUCAGCAUGAUGACCAUUAUCUACUUCGGUGGUUAAGAGCAAGAAACUGGAAUCCAGCGGCUGCAGAGAAAAUGUUUCGAGAGUCGGUAAUGUUCAAAAAACAGUGGGAAAUCGAUUCCCAUUUAAUUGCAUGGGAUCCUCCAGAGCCAAUUAAGUCGUUUCAUCCCAGUGGCACAUGUGGAUUGGACAAAGAUGGGGCUCCAAUUCUCAUCGUUCCAUUUAAAGGAUUUGACCCCAUAGGGAUGUUAAGUUCGGUAUCAAAAUUGGAGCUAAUAAAAAACGAAGCUAAAAUUUUGGAGACUAACCUAAAGAUGGCAGCGGAGACAGGGGAACAUCAACUAGUGGUUAUUUUUGAUAUGGAAGAUUUCGAUAUAAAACAGUAUGCUUCUAGACCAGCUGCCGAAUUUGCUAUAUCCCUCAUACAGUUAUAUGAAGCAAACUACCCAGAGAUCUUAAAACAAUGCUACAUCAUAAACGCCCCCAGAGUGUUUUCUGUAGCUUUUAACGUAGUCAAAAGGUUUAUGAAUGGUUACACGCUCAGCAAAAUACAAAUUUUCAAGAACGAUCCCAGAAAAUGGCAACCUGUUUUAUUAGAAAAUAUUGCUCCAGAUAAUUUACCAGCCCAUUUUGGUGGAAAUCUUAAGGAUCCAGAUGGAAAUCCAAGAUACACAACAGUGAUCAAGCAGGGUGGAAAAGUUCCUCAGUCGUACUACAAGAAAAAUAUAGAAGUUAAGGAUUAUGAAAAAGAGUUUACUAAGGCUGUGAUAAAGAAAGGACAUAAAUUCAUAUUAGAUUUUAUUGUAGUAGAAGAAGGCUGUCAUUUAAAAUGGGAUUUCAAAACCGACGAACACGAUAUAAAAUUCGGGAUCACUCUAAAGGACGAAAAUGGGGUUGAGAGUCCUGUGGUGCGCCACAGAAGAGUCGCGUCGCACCAAAUAGACGAAAGCGGUGUAAUAGCGUGCCAAUCUCCAGCAACAUAUAUUGUGACCUUCGACAACAAAUACAGCAUGUUCAGAAGCAAAACCAUACAUUAUCGAAUAUACGUCACACCACCAUUAGAAAAAUUAAACAUAAUACCACGUGAUAACGAAAUAAAUAUACUCCAAUUGAACUUAGAUGAAAACUUAGAGACUCCAAAGAAAGAACAGAUGAACAAUAACGCGGUAGUUGAACCUACAUCAGCGUAAAAUAACUUACCACAACAUAGGGUGCAUAUUACAUAUAGGGGGAAGGUUAUGCAUAAGCAAAAAUUAUGUUUGACGAUAUUCUAUCUUAGAAGAAGGCAAAAAAACAUAAAAUAUGAAUACAUCUAAUCGAAAUUUAUCUGUGCGGUAAUUAAGCCAUCAAAAAAAGUAAUUUGAGUAGUUUUUGCAAUAAAAACAAUGCAAUUUAGCGUUAUAGUUUUAUUGCAGUUUGUGACACUUCCACAGACUGACAAAGAUAACCUCAAUUAUUAGAGGAAAUGCGCCAUAUAUGGAAUACCGUUUAGGAUUUGGUUUAAUAUGUGUGUGUUUAAUAAAAAUAAUAUGUGAUUCUUUAUUUAUAAAUACACAUUAAUGUUUUAUAUAUUAGAUGUUAUUAUUAAAAAUACGAAAAUCUGCAUACCGGGAUAGUCAAAAAGUGACAUAUGAAAAAUGUAAAUUUUGCACCUAAUAUGGAAUAUGUACUUAAUAUGGAAUAUGCUGUGUUCCUAAUAUGGAACACAAUAAUAUGUAUUUAAAUAAAAAAAUAAGAUUUAAAAUAAAACGGUAUCUAUUUUAUGAAAUUCAUGUUAAUUGUCUUUGCAAAUCUAACAAAUAUCAGUUUCACAUCCGGAACAAUCUAUAUGACACCAUACUUUGCAGACAACGCAUUGUAUCCACUUCUCUCCUUUUUUGUCUUCCAAAAAUUUUCCAUCGCAAUAGAAACAAGUAGCAUCUUCUUCUUUAAAACGUACUGAUUCGGAUUCUGAAGACGAAUCUUGAAAUAUUGUCUUCUUUUUCGUCUUACGUAGAUGCUGGUAACUACAGGAUUUUAAUUAUAUAGGAUUUUACUAGUACUUUCCACUUUACUGUUUUGGCUUGUUUUUAAGAAGAAUUUAUUGAAGUUUCUAAAGCGUCUUUGUAUGGAGACGCGGUAAUAAUCGCUGCUUUUCCAGGUGCCCUACCCUUUCGAGGUCCUGUCUGUUUCUGAAAGGUUGGCACCGGCAUAAUAUUUUCGGGUCCAACAAAUUAAUUUUCAUCUACACUAUUGUCGGCAAUAUUUUCAACUACUACAUAUUGUUCUUUUUCAGUAUUGUCUCGUUCUGCAGCAAGUAAAUCCUUUCGUUAAAGACAUGGCGAUUUAUAGGAAAUAUUCCGGUCUUUAUGAAGCCAUUAACGGCAAUUGUUCCAGUUUGCAUCUUAAGAUACGCCUUUCCAAAUAGUUCAGCAAUGUCAUAAUCUGGUCAUAUCUAAAAUGGUCAUCAUAAUCUAAAAUGGUCUUUGAUUUGACCUUAAAAAUAAUCUUAACAUCUUAGUAUAAUGCGUUUGUAAGGGUCCCAUUAUCAUUUUAUCCAAGGGCUGCAUGUGGUUGGUAGAAUGAGGGGGUAAGCACACUAUGUCAACAAAAUUCUCCAUUGUCAAAUUUAUCAUUUCUAAAUUUCGACAAUGUGUAUGCUGUCCGUCUAACACUAGCAACACUAGAUCGUUUUAUGUCCACUUUUUCAAUAAAAUGUAGGAACCACUGUGUAAAAAUAUGGGUUUGAAUCCGUCCACUUGGAUGACACACAAUUUUUGAACCAGGAGGAGCACCCUUUUCCAAUAAAACAUUGUGGUUUUUUCUGGGAAAAAUCAGAUAUGGUGGAACAAAAGUUCCUCCGGCACUCAUAUACAAGACUGCUGUGACUAAUCUCUCUGCAGAAGUUAAUGCUCCCACCUGCUUGGAACCUGUAAGCGCAACAACGUAUUAGACUUAAGACUAAACAAUACUUAAUCCAGUCCAUCCACGUUGAAACUCUAUCAGCUGAAUAAAUAUGAUUUUCAAAUGUUGCCUCCAAAAUAUCAAAGAAAUGUGAUACGUUUUCCUUAUUAAAGGCUUUGGCUCUAUGGAUGGACGUUCCAGUUGGCUUUCUGGUAGAAAUUCUAUCCUUGUGUAGUUUUAGGAAUAAAUUCAACCAUUUUGUUCUGGUACUUUUCUUUUCUUUUAAAAAUGGAUUGUUUAUUUUAUUAACAGUAGCCAGCUGAUAAGCCAUACUUUUAACAUAAUUUCUUGUUAAGUCGUAAAACUUUUUUCCAUUAAAAGUAGAUAGUCUACAAACUGAUUUUCUAAGUUUUGUGGUAGGACUGCAGAUUUUCCUAAUUUUGUUUCAACAACCUAGACUGGUGUAGCAUUCGUCGGCUGAUACACGAAAUAAUGUAGUGCGUGGAACAUUGAAUAUAUCUGCGACUUUUUUGUAUCCCAUCUCCUGACUUCGCACAGCUUGGAUGGCACGAACCAUAUCUUCUUUUCUCUAUUUUUUACGACCCAUGAAAUUACUCUACAAAAAAAUAUUAAUAAUCAAUUUAGACAGUAUUUAUUAACAGAAAGUAAAAUGUUCUUCCAAAAUUAAGUGUACCUAAUAUGGAAUACUCCAUCAUAGGGACAGUAUAGUAUUCCAUAUAAGGUACAUGGCCAUCUUUUUUUUUUUCGUUGACCGUUGCAACAGGUGAAUGUUAAAUUGCAAUAUCGAAAAAUUAAACUUAGGUAAGCUUUCUAAACAAGCAAGGCAUAAUCGGAUAUUUCUAUGCUUAUUUUAACUAUGUGUAUCAAAAUGUAGAAUACAUACGUUAAAUAAUUUUCGGGACCUGUUGCUUUCAACGGUUUAACGCUGACUGAUGACUGUCUACAGGACUAUAGGCAUAGGCACGACAAGCACUGGCUACACGCUGGUGAUGUCGUUCCAGUGUUGCCACUUUUAGUUUGUUCAACCUUAGGAUAUUGAAUAAUGGGGACAUAUUCCAUAUUUGGCACACUUCCUCUACUGUUUAUAAUUGUUUUAAUAAAAAUUUAAAUACAGUCUCUCUAAUGUGCUAAUCUGUUAACAACUGUAUUUUUUCAGUUUGUUAGAGGAUAGCUUCGAAUCUUAUAAGAUUCGUCAGAACAGUCUUCUUCCAAGGUAGCAAAAUAAUUAGAUUUCCAAAUGUACUUAUUUUGGUUAUGUAUUAUAUUGUUUAUCUGAUGUAAAAUAAAGGUCUAAUUAUUUUAA